AUGCAAAGUUUUUGCUUGAACAGGAUUAGGCCUCUUGUUCGUGUUCGUUCUUGUCCAGCUCAAUCCAAAAAUCAUGCUAAUUCUACCUCCAUUAAUGCUGAUGAAGAAGAGAAACAUAAUUCUGGGGAAGUCGAAAAGGAUAGUUCUGGCGAGGUAGCAAAAACAGGAGCAAUAUUUGGCAGGAAAAUCUUGAUUGUGGUUGAUUCAAGUCUUGAAGCCAAGAAUGCGGUACAAUGGGCACUCACUCAUACAGUCCAGGACAAAGACCUGGUGAUUCUUCUCUAUGUAAUUAAGCCUUCAAAACAAGGUGAGGAGUCUAAGACGGAUAUAAAUUCAAGAGCUCCUCACUUUCUUACUUCUAUGAAAAAAAUGUGCCAGCUGAAGAGACCUGGGGUUCAUAUUGAGGUUGCAGUGGUAGAAGGGAAAGAGAAAGGUCCUGCAAUUCUGGAGGCGGCCAAGAUGCAAGAGGCGGCACUGCUGGUUCUCGGGCAGAAGAAGCGUUCGGUGACAUGGCGGCUUGUGAUGAUGCAUCACGGCCUUAACCUUCACCUUCACCACGACCACAACCUUCAAUCACCAUAUGUGCACUACUCGUCAUUGGAUUCAAUCAGCAAGUUGAUCCACAGUGGAUACCUGUCACCAUUCCCUACAUGA